UCGGCCAUUAAUAGCUACACCGCCUACACACUUCAACUGUGCAGCACAGGUCAGUUUUCAAUUUUAAAAGUAAAAAAGUCACUUUCCAACUACUUUAGGAAUGGUAGAUUCUGGCCGAAAAAAUGUUAUUGUAGUGCUUGAUACUAAAGGAGACGAGGACUCUGACGAUAAUUUUGAGAUUGGUUUUUCGAAUGAGAAUGGAACAUUUUCUGAUCUUGCUUUGAUCACCCAAAAAUUGAUAGCCAAGAGUGAAACAGUUCGAAACUCUGUAAGGGACCGUGACUUGGUUUUAAAAAGGCAAAGUAAUAUUAAAGAAGGGUUAUGGGUUGUUAUGGGUGAGGAUUCGCCAGUUAAGUCUGGAUCUAUAAUUAAGUGUUCUUUCAAAACCCCAGCACAAAUGUCUCUCCGCUCUGCUACAAAAAAAAGCACAGUUUUGGUUCCUUCAACAAUGACAGUUGUUGCUCCUGGUACUUCACAUGAUGGCUUUCUAGAAGAAUUUGCAGUUACAAGGGCUUCUACUCCUCAUGCUGAACAUGAUAACUCUGUUGUUUUAGAAGAAUAUGUUGAUGGACAUGUGUCUACUUUAGAUAUUUCACACGGAAUUGUUGUUGGAAAUCCUUACAGUCUUCAUACUUCAGUUAUUUUGGCAGAUUCCUUAAACGAAGAUUUUGUUUCUUACAAUUCGGAUGACACCAGCACUUAUACACACAGCACCGGAUGACCAGCAGAAUGACUUGACUUAUAAACUGAAAAGGAUCAUGGAAAGAAGACGGACAGAAGUUCGCAGCAGUGAUGUAUCAGCUAAACAUAAGAGCAUGAAGUUAAAUGGUAAUGACUCCGGUCCUACCAAAUACCCCUCAAUGGCAAUGGAUGACAGCGAUACCAUAUCUUAUGGUAAAAACGUAGCCAAGAUGUUGGAGAUUUCUAAAAACGGAACGGCCCCUUGUAGUACUGCCGUGGACAAUCUCGUCAAACUUACUUUCUCGAUCAGAAGAAUUCGAGUUAUGAAAUGGAUACCUGAGUCAGGCAGAAUUGAGAAAUUCAUAGACAGCCACUGCCCAUUUCUUAAACAUCAAACUUUUCUUUUCUUCGAGUUUGAAUUAAUAAUGAAGAAACCAUGCGAAAUUUUUCGAGAAAUGUGGACCCAAUCGGCCAACUUCAUCAUUGAAGCAGCAAAAACUACAAAUAAGAAACAAGUAGCAUCUCUAUUAUCGUCCAAACCUUUUCAGAACAUGUCGCCUGAAAUGUGUUCGAGAGCUGCCCUUGAAUUAUUACCAUUCUUGGUUCCUGGAAAAGGAAGAGGUGAUAAAGCAGCUUGACAUUUGGUGGAUUCCAGAAUGGAAUCAGCUAACCUUGCAAGUUGCAUGGAACAGGAAACAAGGGGAUCGCCGUUUAUCCUAUACAUUGGAUCGACUAUCCACCUCAUUUUGGAGAGUAAACCAUUUAUGAGAUUUCACACAACUGCGGAUGCUGUUAUUGGAUUAAUGGCAAGCUACUACGUCUUUCACUUCAAAUACAGCAACAAGGUUCACAACGCAUUGUUGUUUCUGCAGUCCUACGUUUUAGGCGUAAAGGACGAAGCAACUGAUACUCCAUCUGUCCAUUCCUUUUCCGCACUGGUGGAUAAAAUGAAGACUUCUUCAUUGUGUUUGUAAUUGUACUCCAAUUUAUGUUUUUCGGUUCCAAAUGUAUACUUUUGUGUUCAUCUCAAUAUGUAAACUAAGAUAC